AGCAGUCACUAUCAAGGCGCUGAAGAUUGAAUUUCAUUAACCAAUACCACAAUAAUACUACUAAUACUAAUAAUCUCAUACCUGAAUGCUUUCUCGAUUAUCUCCUUUCCUCCGGAUUGUGCCCCCCGCCCAUUCUCAAAUAGCCGCCGAGCCCAUGGCGGCGGCGCGUGCUCUUACGUUUCGCCUCAUUCCCUCGCUGGCCAAUUCUCCUCAUGCGCCUCUCUCUCCUUCGCAAAAUGCCUCCUCCUCCAGGUAUCCUAUCUCUCUUCCUCUUGCUCCUCCGCUCCGUUAUCCUUCUACGUCGCUUUAUUGGCAGCAGCAGUCCUCGAUUUUUGGGCCGGCUGCUGCAUUGAGCUGCAAGGACGACAGAAGGCUGUUCUGGAGCGUUUCUCGAGGAUUCGGUAGAGUUUUCGCUUCGUGGAGAGAGUAUCGGAAGGCUAGGAGAAAGCCUGCGCCGCCUACCGCCAGGGCAAAGGCCAAGAGUAAAGAGAAGGAGUUGGAGCUCAGUGUUAAUAUUUGUAUUGAAGAACAGUUGCCUGAUGAUCCUGAAAUUCUGGAUAUUGCAGAAUUGCUUCGAGUUAAUGUCCCAAUGGCAAUGAAAUUAGGACUCCAAGGGCUGAAAGAUUCAGUAUAUAAAACCAGAGAUAAUUCAAUUACAGAUGUUGGCGGUUUUGAGAGUGUUGAAUUGUCAGUUCUUCUUUGCAAUGAUGAGUUCAUUUGCAAACUUAACAAAGAAUGGCGGGGUGAGGACCAUGCUACUGAUGUCCUUUCAAUGUCUCAACACGUCCCUGAACUGAAGCUUCCAGUACUGAUGUUGGGGGAUAUCGUAAUAUCUGUUGAGACAGCUGCAAGACAGGCAGAGGAAAGAGGCCACACCCUUCUGGAUGAGAUACGCAUUCUAUUGGUUCAUGGGUUGUUGCAUCUUCUGGGAUUUGACCAUGAGAUUAGUGAUAAGGCAGAAGCUGAAAUGGAGAAAGAGGAAGAACAUCUUUUGAAGAGUCUUGGGUGGAAGGGGAAAGGAUUAAUUCAGAGUGCUUAUGAUGCUGAGACUAAUGGAAGUCCUCCUUUGAAUUAUCCUGAUGACAGGAAGAGAGAAGGAAGCCUUCGAUUUUAUAGACCAAAGUUUAACUUCAUCUUCUGUGACAUGGAUGGUACUCUGCUGAACAGCGAAAGUCAAGUUAGUACAUCAAAUGCAACAGCACUAAAAGUGGCCAUCUCUAGGGGUGUGAAAAUAGUAAUUGCCACUGGGAAAACUCGUCCAGCUGUCAUCCGCCUUUUGAAGAAAGUAGAUUUGGCUGGAAAAGGCGGAGCCAUAUCAGAAUUUUCUCCAGGCAUUUUCCUACAGGGAUUGCUUGUAUAUGGGAGACAGGGCAGGGAAAUUUUUCGAAGCAAUUUAGAUCCAAAUGUCUGCAGAGAGGCAUCCAUGUAUUCUCUUAAGCAUCAAAUUCCUCUUAUUGCAUUUAGUGAAGAUCGUUGCUUAACAUUAUUUGAGCACCCUCUUGUAGACUCGCUUCAUACAGUAUAUUCUGAGCCAAAGGCAGAGAUCAUACCUACAGUCGACCAGCUUUUGGCGGGUGGGGAUAUACAGAAACUGAUAUUCUUAGACUCCGCCGAGGGAGUGGCUACUACUUUGCGGCCAUACUGGGCAGAAGCAACUGGAGAUUAUGCAUCUGUAGUUCAAGCUGUUCCAGAUAUGCUAGAAAUUGUUCCUUCUGGUACGUCAAAGGGAAGAGGAGUAAGAUUGCUUCUUGAUCAUUUGGGUGCUUCCCCAACUGAGGUGAUGGCGAUUGGCGAUGGGGAAAAUGAUGUUGAGAUGCUUGAAUUGGCUUCUCUGGGUGUUGCUCUUAGUAAUGGAUCUGAGAAGGCAAAAGCGGUAGCCGAUGUGGUUGGCCUGAGCAAUGAUGAAGAUGGUGCAGCGGAUGCUAUCUACAGAUACGCAUUUUAAGAGUUACUAAGGUGAACUCUUUUUUUUUUUCUUUUAUUAAAGGAUGAUAUCCUUGUGAUUUUUGCAAUUAGAAUAGGAAAGAACUCCACCAAUUAAUAGGGCGAAGAGUUUUUGAAACCCUUACAGGUUUUAUUUUAGUGCCAUUUUUUUCUCCCUAUUUAUUAUUAGUGUUAGGGAGUAAUUUAUUACUUUUAGAAGCCUCGACUCAGAAAUAUUAAGGACUAGAAAAUUGACAUCCUUUGUAUUUGAAUUUUAAAGCAAGACUAUGCCAGUGAAUAAUUGCAAAUACUGCCAUCACCUAACUAGUGAUGGCUGGAUGGCACCCUGCUGAGGGAUUAAAAUGCUA